AUGUCACGCAAAAAUAUUACCCCUACUAAAUCAAGAUUAAAGUUGUCUAGUAAAUCUGUUUUUCAUCUUCAAGAUAAAAAAGCAGACGACAGUGAAUUAUCCCUAGGUUUAAUAAAAUCAGCUAAACGAACAGGGCAGUUAAGCUUAUGUAAUAGAGGCCUGGGAACAGUACCUGAAAAUGUAUGGAAGAUCAAUGAAUUGGUAUUGGAUGAAACAAAAGAAGUGGACUUUAGUAAAAGUAGCCACAACAAUUGGUGGAAUGCCGAGCCAUUGAAGAUGUUGGAUCUUAGUUCAAAUGUUAUUAAAACUUUAUCUCCAAAUGUUAAAUUACUUCAAGAGCUGGUAACAUUAAAGUUACAUGACAAUGCUUUGACUGAACUUCCUGGAGAGAUUGGUGUUCUAAAUAAUUUGUCUAAUCUAAGCUUAGACCACAAUAAACUGCAAACAUUGCCGGAAGAAUUUUAUAAAUUAACUGAAUUGAGAUGGCUUAGCAUAUCUUAUAAUAUGCUUAAAAAUAUUGAACCUGAGUUUGGUGACUUGGUUAUGUUGACAUUUUUGGAUUUAUCUCAUAACAAAUUGACAGUACUACCACCGGGAAUGGGAUACUUGGUACGCUUAGUGGAAAUCAAUUUAUCUCAUAAUGAGCUAAAGGAAUUACCUCCAGAUAUUGUUAAUCUAAGAGAUUUAAAAAAAAUGAAUGUUAACAACAAUAAUUUAAAAAAAUUACCUCCUUUGGGUGAAUUACGAAAGAUGGAGAUAUUAGAUGCAAACCAUAAUGAUAUUGAUGAACUUCCAGAUUUUUAUGGAUGCACAGCUUUAAAAGAAAUAUAUUUGGCUAAUAAUUAUAUUAAGGAAAUUACUGAAGAAUUCUGUGAUCAAAUGCAGCACUUGAAUGUGCUGAACAUCAGAGACAAUAAAUUAGAAAUAUUACCCGAAAACAUAUCACUUCUGCAAAGGCUUAAAAGAUUUGACCUGUCUAAUAAUAAUUUAAAUAAAUUGCCGAGAAACCUUGGCCUUCUUUCUCAGCUACAAAGUAUCAGUAUGGAAGGCAACAAGUUGUCGUCAGUGCGCCAGGACAUAAUCCGAGGGGGAACGGAUAGGAUGAUGAAGUACUUACGCGACCGCAUCACUGAGGAAGUUGUCAAUGACACACGCGUCAAUGAAGAUAACUUGCCUGAUAAAUUUACAAUGAAAAAAAGUCAGUCAUUAAUGGUGCCUGCAAAAGAUCUAACGACAGUGCCUGAAGAUGUUUUUGUCACGGCGGCCGAAGUUGAAGUGCAUAUAGUGGAUAUAUCUAAAAACAAGUUAAUUACUGUUCCCACUGGAAUACGUCAUGUACGAGAAACGUUAACUCAGUUAAUAUUGGCGUCCAAUUCCAUUGAGAACAUUCCAUCUGAAAUCAGUACUUGCAAGCAUUUACAAUUCUUGGAUUUGGGAAAGAAUUGCCUCACCGACCUCCCCAUUGAGUUAGGGGAUUUGAAGAACUUGCGAGAACUUGUUAUUUCCAAUAAUAAAUUCACCAAAAUCCCUCGCUGCGUGUACGAGCUGGCUAACCUGGAGAUACUCCUGGCUGCAGAGAACCAGAUCUCGGAGAUCAACGUGUCGUCGGACGCGCUGGCGCGGCUGCGGCGCCUCGCCGUGCUCGACCUCGCCAACAACAGCAUCGUCACCGUGCCGCCCGAGCUGGGCAACUUCACACAUUUGAGAUCGUUGGAGUUAAUGGGCAACUGUUUCCGUCAGCCGCGACACGCGAUACUCGCGAAAGGUACGGCCUCCAUCUUGUCUUACCUUAGGGAUAGAAUUCCUACU